AUGCGCAGCUACCAGAUCGAUGCUUUGAAUUGGCUGCUGCACCAACACCAACUGGGAUUAAAUAGCAUAUUAGCAGAUGAAAUGGGUUUGGGGAAAACGUUGGAGACGAUCUCUCUCUUGGGCUUUUUGAAGCAAUAUCUGUCGAUCAGUGGUCCUCACUUGAUUUUGGUUCCGAAAUCGACGCUUGGCAACUGGGUGAAUGAGAUCCAAAAGUUCUGUCCGUCGCUCCGCGUCUUGCGUUUUCAUGGCACAAAAGAAGAGCGAAUCGACUUGAAGCCGAUGGUUCGCGAGAAAGACCGAAGCUGGGACGUGCUGAUCACUACGUACGAAAUGUGUGUGAUAGAGAAAGGCCUGUUCCAAUCUGUGGACUGGAACUAUUUGGUAAUCGACGAGGCUCAUCGGCUGAAGAACGAGAACAGCAAGCUGAGUUUGGUUCUGCGCCAAUUUUCGGUGAAAAACCGGCUUUUACUGACGGGCACUCCGCUCCAAAAUAAUCUGCACGAACUGUGGGCAUUGCUGAACUUUUUAAUGCCCGAAAUCUUCGGCUCGCAAAGCGUGUUCCACGAUAUGUUCAAUUUGGAGGAAGACGCUUCUCUCCAACAGAAAGAACAGAUGAUUCAGCAGCUUCAUCAGGUGUUGGAGCCGUUCAUGCUGCGUCGCCUGAAGUCCGACGUGGAGCAUUCUUUGCCUCCCAAAAUCGAGACGAUUCUGUAUGUCGGCAUGUCCUCAAUGCAGAAGGAGUUGUAUAAGAAGGUGCUGGUGAAUGAUUAUGAAAGUAUCGUGAAUUCGCGCGCAGAGCGAUCGCAUCUCCUGAAUCUUUUGAUGCAACUACGCAAAGUCGCCGGUCAUCCGUAUUUAUUCGAGGGGGUGGAGGAUCGUUCGCUGGAUCCGAUGGGAGAACACGUGAUCACGAAUUGCGGAAAAAUGGUGUUACUGGACAAACUGCUGAAGCGAUUGAAGGAAAAGGGAUCGCGCGUUCUCUUGUUCAGUCAGAUGCGUCGGGUUCUGGACAUUUUGGAGGAUUAUUGUAAUAUUCGAGGCUUCGAGUACUGCCGCAUUGAUGGAAGCACGGAGUCUGUGGAUCGCGAAGAAGAGAUCAACAGCUUCAAUGCGGAGAACAGCACGAAGUUUGUGUUUCUUCUUUCUACGCGGGCGGGCGGUCUGGGAAUCAACUUGGCGACUGCGGACACGGUGAUUCUCUACGACAGCGACUGGAACCCGCAGAUGGACCUCCAGGCUGAAGAUCGCGCUCAUCGCAUUGGGCAGAAGAAGACGGUGAAUGUGUACCGGCUCGUCACGGAAGGGACAGUCGAGGAAAUGAUUGUGGAGCGAGCCAAAUUGAAACUGCGACUGGACACAUUGGUGAUUCAGCAGGGACGUUUGCGCGAGAAAUCGUCGCUUUCCAAAGAGGAGAUGAUGGAGAUGAUUCGACAUGGAGCCAACGAAGUGUUCUUGUCGACUGCAAACGGGAUUCAGGACGAAGACAUCGAUCGCAUAUUGGAAUCGGGUCAUCAGCGAACCGAGGAAUUGGCGCACCGCGUCGAAAAGGCGCUUCCGUCCGACGAGCAGUAG